AUGGACCUUGAAAGGCACAUCAAUGAUGACUGUCAUAGGGAGACUAUGGAUGAAUUCAGCCUGAUGAAGAAUCAGAUGGUGGAAAUUCAAGGAUGUUUAAGAAGAACAGAUGGUGAACGACAGGAAUUUACUGACUCUAUUGCAAGGAAAUUUCAAGCAAAGGAGAAUACUAAAGCUGAUGCUGAUAGAGAUCAACCUCGAAUCACUCAAGGUGAGUCAAACAGAAGAAGUGAUGGUGUGUCAACCGGCACUAGAUCCAGACGAUCUCCAAGUAACGAUGAAAAUCCUAGGCCAACUAAAAGAGGCGGAGGUCGAAGCGGUGGUGAUCGUGGAGGCCGAAGUAGUGGUGGUGGUCGCGGUAGGCAAUCUGGGUUUGAUCAAAGAGGUCGUGCCAGUGGCGGUGAUCGUGGCGGUAGACCAAGUGGAAGCGGUCUUGGUGGUCGCAGUCUUCCUCCUUUUCUAAAUAUGCUAUCCGGUAAAGACAUGAGCCCAACCGAUCCUCGAGAAAUUUGUGAAGUGUGA